AUGUUGGUUGAUUUUGAACGUGGUGAGAAAUUCUUUCGCUGCUGUUCCGCAGUACAUAUAAGAGUCGAAAAGGAAUACGAAUCGGACAAGGAAGGGAUGUUCAAGCGGAAAUUGACCCGAGUUAAGUUAAGGAAGAUUGCAAAUUUGAUUAAAGAUAAGGUGGAGGAGUCAUGUGGUAAUAGUGGUAGAAUGAGAAAUUGGAAUCGGAAAAAAGUGACAAUUUCAUUAAUGAAACAAGGCUAUUCUGCAAAACCAAAACGAAAAUAUUCAGUUAAAGUAAUUUCUAAGGGAGAUGAUUCACCGAUAUAUCCCAUCGCGGAGAAGGUAAUGGAAGCCGCUGCUGGUUCCAAGAAAAUGCUCGGAGCACAUGUCAGUGUAGCAGGCGGUUUGGAACAAGGUUUUUACAACGCCAUAUCUAUUGGAUGUCGAUCUUUUGCUUUUUUUGUCCGGAACCAGCGUUCAUGGAAUAGUCCACCAAUGAAGAAUAAAGUGGCGCAAGCGUUUCGUGAAACUGCACAGAAAUUAGAAUUUCCAAUGGAUCAAAUUGUUGUACACGGAUCAUAUUUAAUAAAUGGUGGUAGUUGUGACAUGGAAAUACUCGAUCGAUCUCGAGCAUGCAUGUUAGAUGAAUGUAAACGAUGCGAACAGCUUGGUAUCGUUUAUUACAAUAUUCAUCCUGGAUCUACGGCAGGAAAAUGCACACGUGAAGAAUGCAUCAAAACAAUUGCUGCUACUUUGAAUUAUGUUAUAGAUCACACUGAAUAUAUUACAAUUUUGAUUGAAACAAUGGCUGGUCAAGGAAAUACUAUUGGUGGGAAGUUCGAAGAGCUGCAGCAAAUUAUUAAUUUGGUUAAAAAUAAGAAGCGAGUGGGAGUGUGCCUUGAUACAUGUCAUAUUUUUGCUGCGGGUUAUGACAUACGAUCGGAAGAUGGAUAUAAAGAAACUUUCAUCGAAUUCGAGAAUACUGUUGGCCUUCAAUAUCUCCGUGCCUUUCAUAUUAAUGAUUCGAUGGGUGACUUUGGUUCGAGAUUGGAUCGUCAUGCAAAUAUUGGUAAAGGUAGGCUGAAGCUGGCAGCUUUUCGUCAUCUUAUAGCUGAUCCACGAUUCGACGGUUUACCAAUGAUUCUGGAAACACCGGAAGGGGACUAUGCAGAGGAGAUGAUCCGAUUGUAUCACUCAUUGAAUACUAAAGAAUAUAAGAAAGAUAUCAGAUCAUUCUUUUCAUCCAUAUAA